UGCAACUGCCCUAGAAAAAAGACACAUCUACAGAGCAUUCAGUGAAUCGACAUUCUUGCAACUGCUUUAUCAAUGGAUCGUUGGACAGGAAAAGUUGCUGUUGUUACCGGUGCCGCAGGUGGUAUUGGAUCAGCAGUGGUUGAACAACUACUAAACGAAAAUCUAAAGGUUGCGGCAGUUGAUAACAGUUCAACGAGAUUAAACGAAUUAAUCAAAAAAUUUGAAAACAAAACUAAAAGUUUGCACACUUACGCAGUUGACGUAACCCAAGAUGAAGAAGUUGUGAAGUUUUACCAAGAACUUACUGAAAGUUUAGGUCCUGUUCACAUCUUGGUCAACUGUGCUGGAGUUAUUCGUCAAGAUACACUAAUUGACGGUAAAACAAAGAACUGGAAGAUCGUUCUCGACACAAACGUCUUGGGAUUGUGUAUAAUGACAAGAGAAGCGGUCAAAAUUAUGAGAGAGAACGAAAUUGAUGGUCACGUCGUUCACAUUAGUAGUGCUGCUGGUCGUAAUGUGCCUGACUUUCCAGAAAUGAACGUUUACCCAGCUUCCAAAUUUGCAGUAAGGGCAUUAACUGAAAGCUAUCGUCAAGAACUGAAUCGUUUUGGUCUUAAGAUAAAAGUUACUUGUAUUUGCCCAGGAAAAGUCAAUACUUUAAUUGUGAAAACUGAUGUAGCAUAUGAUAAAGCGGUUGAAGAGAUGCCUAGUUUAGAACCUAGAGAUAUCGCAAAUUCUAUCCUCUACGUUCUUUCGACUCCACCACAUGUUCAGGUACAUGAAAUAUGUAUUAAACCUGUUGGAGAAACAUUCAGCUGAGCUAAGAACACAUUUAUCGUUAAAUAGGUGGACCCCUAUUUUAUUUUACUAAUAAAAACUAUACAAUGUUU